CACUCCACUCCGCACACACACACACAAACAGUCUCACAAUGGCAGCAGACGCAAAGCCCAUCCUCCCUGCCAUCCCGAGCAACAAGUCGCAGGACCCGGCGCACGUCAUGGACUUCCCGACGCUCAACCUCGGGUUCGCGCCGUGCUCCAUGAAGGAGGUGACCAUGGUCGACCUCGACCUGACGGUGUUUGGUCUCGAGGAGAUUGCGGGGUCCACCAAGCCGAUCAGCGUGGUUAUCGUGUCCCAUGGCUGGGCAAACAAGGCCGCGCAGAUGGAGAACUUUGCUACGGGCAUGUUCCAGGAGAUCCGCAGGCUCGGCGCAGAGGGCAAGACAAAGGUUACGCGCGACGUGAUCAUCGUGACCCUUGACCAGCGAAACCACGGGAAGCGGAGGUUGAAGAAGGACCAGCUGUCGUACAAGAACAACCCCUUGCGGCUAACGGCCAUGGCGACCACACUGAAGGGCGGCGCCCAGGACCACCAGCUCAUCAUGGCCUACCUCGAGGACUACCUGUUCCCGUUCGGCGAGCGCCGCGUCGCAGAGUACAUGGCGACGGGGGUGUCUCUUGGCGGGCACCUCCUCUGGCGUCUCCUCAAGGAGGACCCGCGUGUGCGCGUCGCGGUGCCCAUCAUCUCGUGCCCGCCCGACUCGCUCGUGCUCGUGCACACUGCGCACUGGCGCGCGAACGGCACGCUGGGCACGACGGCGCAGUACUACCCCAAGCACGUCAAGCAGUUCUACGAGGAGCCAACGCCGCCCGGCACGUGGGUCGGGCGCAAGAUCCUCGCGCUGCACGGCGAGCUCGACCAGGUGGUUCCGCCCGUCUUCUCAAAGGACAGCUGGCCCAAGGCCGUCGCCGAGGCAGGGAGCGACAGCACAGAGCAGUACAUCCAGCCCGGGGUCGGGCACAUCUGUACCCCCGACAUGGUGCGGCGCGCAUCCUACUGGUUCUACCAGCACGGCGCGUGUGCCGAGACCGACCUCCGCGCGAGGCUGUAGACGACGCUGUUUUACUUGUAGACUGUAUUGCAUUCUUGGACGACACGCGAGGGAGGAACGUCCCGAGCAGCCUAGACGUCAGAUGUGCCUCGCGGCUGGGAACGGCGUGCAUUUAUGGAAGCGAGAUGUGGGAAUGCCAAGGGUGUGCCUUGGGCAUUACGGGGUUGCAUUCCACGGUGACCGCCGCGUUUGGAGUAGCAGCGGGGCGACGUCAGUGGACAUAAACACGCAACUCGGAGGAACUGUGAUCGGAGAGGGGACGGACAAAUGGACUGACUGACUGACUGACAAACGAGCAAAGUGUCACCGGGCCCGAGUGGUCAUAUGCGAGAGGGCAACCAGGGCUGCGUGGCGAGGACCGUUAGGCUCCGAUCCGAACCGCGUGCGAGGAGGUCACGAGGAGAAAAAGAGGAGCGCGGAAGGCACAUGAGAGGCGAAGUGCCACGAGAUGUGGGUUGGCGAGGACGUCGAUGAGUCGACGACCGCUGGGCUAUCGCUGUUCGUUGCCGCAGACUGCUGCAAUACCAGUGUUUGGACAUCCUCAGACCCUAACCUUGGAUGCAUGCUCACUCGUCGACGCUCACGAACAGCGAGGAGUGACCAUGAGCCCACGUGUUGGGUUUUACACGCUAGUAGAGAG